GACGAUGGGGAAACAAGAUCAUUAGGGUGAUGCGUCCUCACAUACAACAUCAGAUCAUAACUUUGAAUCUGAAAGUUUCAGAACAUUUUAGACAGAGACUAGUGGAUCUUGAAGUUUCUCUAGCAGAUUUGUUAGAAAAAGGUCAAAGGUGGCUGGAUGACGAUGACGAUGUUAUGACGUUUGUCCAAAUGAAUCAAUUUCUAGUGAACGAAAACUCACGCUGUCUACAAACGUGUUUAGACAUGGCAAAUGGAAAAGAAGAAGUUUGCUUAUGCGAUGAAGAUGCAAGUCUAGGCAAAAAAACAUCUAAGUUAAUUCCUACUUCUAAUGAUAAAGAAGAAAGAAGUGAACCUCAAAGAAACAAAGAAGAAAUCAAUGGGGACAGAUCAAUACCUCCCAGUUCCAUUCAAACAGAAACUAACUUUUCAACGCUAAAUGACAAAAUUGAAACUGUAACAAAAUCUCUUACUAAGAAAAUCAAAUCUUUACAGAAAAGAAAUACAGAACAAGAGAAAUUCAUUCAAGAAAUGCUUAAAAACCAAACAAUAGCUGAAAAUAAAACGAAGGCCAAGUUGGAUGACUUUCUAACUGAACUUCAUAAAGCCAACGAAUAUAUAAAAUUUCAAACGGAAUUUUUGUCACAGAAAGUAGAAAAUUGUAAAGAUAGCAAUGAAACAAUUCGGAAUCAGCAAGAACAAAUUGAAAACAAUUAUAAAGAAAACAUUGAAAAUAUUACGAAACAAUUACAAAGUUGUCAUGAACUGAUCAAAGUUGAAACUGAAAGUUUGGAUAAACUACGGAAAGAACUCCAAGCCACGAAAGACUGUAAUGAUUUGAUCAAAUCUGAGAAUCAUAUUUUCUUAACCAAACUGAGUCAUGUAGAGAACACUCUUCAUGAUGUCUCAAAAGAUCUUGAAAAACUGAAGAAGGACUUCACAGAUAUUUCAAUUAGUGUAUCCCAGACGGAAUCUUCAAAUAAACUCAACUUGGAGCAUUUUCGAAAUACGUUUACAGAUAUUGAUGACAGAAUGAUUAGCUUUUCAAGUGAUUUGGAUAAAAUGACUGGAGACAUAGUAACAAUAAAAUCAAAGAAUAUUGCUGAGUCUUUCUAUAUAGGAUUAUACGAAUCAGUUGAGACAGACGUCUACAGUGAGGAGGUUGUGAAAAUUUUUGACUGCCCUUACAACGCCGAUGAGACCCAUCCACUUCCUUACGACACACAGACUGGUGUAUACACAGCACCAUAUGGCGGAUUAUAUUUAAUUUGUCUAAUGAUAGAAAACUUAACUGAUCUACGGGUUCAGCUUGGUGUAUUUACUAAAUAUGACAACGAUGAGGAGUGUCUACAAGGCAUAUGUCGUGCGAGUCUAAAAGACACUACCACCUCUACUGUCUUCCCAAUAACACUAAGAAAAGAUGAACAAGUGUAUUCGAAAUACGCAGACGACUAUGAAUGCUUACGCUUAGGCUAUAACUCAACGUUUGUGUGUCUUCUUAUAAAAAAAAUUUAACUAAGCUUAAGCUAAGUUGAUGGAGGCAAAGAGCUGGUCUUCCGAACCGGAGGUCUCGGGUUCGAAUCCUUGUGAAGACUUCGGUUUUUAAUUUCGGGAUCUUUAGGCGCCCCCGAGUCCACCCAUCUCUAAUGAGUACCUGACAAUAGUUGGGGAAAAGUAAAGUUGGUCUUUGUGCUGGCAAUAUGACACCCUCGUAAACCGUAGGUCAUAGAAGCAGAUGACCUAUAGACCACAAGGUCUGAAAGAAGGAAUUAAGCUAAGCCUUUUAAUAUAAAACAAAUCAUCUCAAAUGUAUGUGAUGUAUGUGAUGUUUCUCGUUCUCUCUCUCUCUCUCUCUCUUUCUAUCUCAAUUCUAUCAAUCUAUUCAUCAGUCACAAAUUCUCUAGAACAGCCAAACGGAUUGACAUUAAAAUAUUUGCAUAGGUUCCUUACUCUUAGGUGCCAACUAAAAAACGCGUUUGAAAGACUCCAAAUUUAAUUGUAGCAAAAUGUAAAUAACAGCGAGUUUUGUAUUUAACCUUUGUGCUCAUUUAAACAAAUUUCUACCAAAUUGAUGUAAUCUAUAUUAUGUUACCGGCAAAGUGAAGAUAAUCCAGCAGAUCCAGCAAAAAUCUGGAUACAGAAAUCUGGACAGCUGAUCUCAAAAACGCAUUUAACGAUUUUCCUAGAGAUAAAGUAGUUGAUACAUAUAUCGCUGAGAAAAGAAUUACUAGCUCGUUGGCCACUUAGGAAAACUCUAGUUUGACCGUUAUAAUUUUUCAAAGUAAAAAUAAAUAAAUGUAAAUUUGGCUAGAGACCUGUAUCUAGCUCUAGAGCCAACCUGGCCUAGUCAGCCGAGUUACCUUCACUAAUCCAUAACUGAGUAAAUAUAAAGUUGUUUCAAUUGUGUUGAAGUUUAUAAUCGUUGUUAAUAUUUUUACGUAAAUCUAGAAGUAGAUCUAGACUAGAUCUUAGGAGCUCUAAAUUAGAACGUGAAGUGCGUUCGA